CACUUUUUGCAUUGGAAAGCCACGAAGUAAAAAUUUUAAAACCUUGCGAUAAUAAAAAAGAAAUAAUUGAAAGUAGUUUUAUAGUUAAUGAUGACGAUUAUUAUUUACUUGUCAGGGGAGAAAAAACUUCUAAGAAUGAUGCUGAUACUAACAGCAUUACAGGCUAUAUAUUCGAGUUAUGUGGAAAACGUAAAAAAAUAUUUAGAAUCUCAAAUUAUAAUUAUUCGAAAGAUCAUAUUGUGCUUCAUAAUAAUGGAAAUAUGUUUAUAUACAAACAUGAUACACACAUUAUCAUGGCAUGGAAUACAAUAACUUUGGAAUUUAUUGCUUAUUUGACUACGGAAUGGGAGAUUGGUUGCACACAUAACUUAGUUAUAAAUGAUGAAGCAACUUUAUUGGCUAUUUGGUUCAAUAAAUUUAUAUACAUAUAUUCGACUAAACUUCAGGUUAUGAUAUCAAUGCAUAAAGUUGAUUAUGAUAUAGCAAAGUGUUAUUUUCUUUUAUACGAAGGUAGAGAACUUUUGCUUGUCACAUGUAAAUGUAAUGAGGAUUAUAAUUUCGAUUUAUUGGAUCCUUAUGUUUUUACUGAAAAGUACAAUAAAGAAAUAUCUGAAUAUCCUUACACAUGUAUUCUUACUGAGAAAUAUCAUAAAGAGACAGAGGAAAUAUCCGAAUUAGAAUUAAAACAACCAUAUUUAAUUUAUUAUCGUAUGAUUGUUUGUAUUAAUGAAAAUACAUUAAGAGUUCAAAAAUUUCCCGAAUCUUGGAAGAACAAACUUAAUAAUAUAAACUCUAACUUAGUUGCAGAAGAAGUAUUCAAUGAAAUCAAGAAUGAUGAAUCCAUUUUGCAUCAAGGAAAAUGGAGUAUCGAAAAUAAUCAACAUGAUCAAAAUAAGAUUUUAUUAUCUUAUAAUAAUAAUGUUAACAUUAAAAUUGAUAUACCAUAUACAGGAAUCAAAAGCAUUAAAUUUUUAAGAAAUAAUGAUUUAUUAAUUAAGAUGAAGGAUGAUUAUGAGGAUUGUUCAAGUGGAAAUAUAUAUAUUUGGACUAUUAUUAAUCUUAAAACAAAGUCAAAAAUACGAUUAAAUUAUUUCUGGAGCAGUCCAUCAUCAUUUAAAGAGAAAUAUGAAAAAUAUUUCCCAUAUUUACCCCCUCCAGAAUUUGGAUGCAAAACAGAAAAUUGUAAAAAACAUGAUUUUAAUGAAUUAAUGGCUGAAGAUUACAAUAAUUCACGGUUUAAAUUAAGCCUUUAUGGAGAAUAUCUAAUGGAAUAUUUGUUGGAAAAAGAGAAAUUCAAAUCUGUUGAAAAUCUAUUAAAAAAUAUAAUUAAUUUUACUAUUAAAAAUAGUGAUGGAAAUUUCAUUUCAAAUCUUCCAUUAAUGAAAAUAGUUACUUAUAAUUUUGCAUUAUUAAGCCAAUAUCCUGAGAUUAUUAAUUGGUUUUUAUCUAGAAUAGCCUUUUUUGUUCCUGACAAUAUAUUAUCUGAAAUAAUUAACAUAAAUUCUACUUCUAGCCAUCUUCAAAAAUUUGGCGAAUACCCUAAUAUUUCUGAUAUUUUUUUAAUUUCUCUUAAAAUAGAAAAUUUUUUAAAUUCGUUUUUAGAUAUGUGGACUGGAAUAUUUCGAAACAAAAUGACAAUUCAAAAAAAAACAACUGUUAAAAUGGCUUUUCCUUUAAUGAAACUUUCUAAUUAUACUAGUUAUAGCUUUAAGAAAGAAUUAAGUUCUGAUAAUAUUUUAACUAGAAUUAAUAAGCUUAUUGGUUUUCAUCUAAAACCUCAAUUAAAUGCUUUUUUUUUUUCACCAAAGACUAUUUUAUAUGAGUUAUGGAUUGGUGAAGCAUUUAUUGCUUACAAAUGGAAUACAUAUGGAAGAGCUUUUCAUAUAGGACACUUAUCUAUUCAUAUUUUUUGUCUUCUUAUUUUUGUAUUUACUGUUAUGUUUUAUGAUCAAAUUCCAACAAUUCUUCAAUGUCCCAAAAAAUUCGGUUUAAUAAACUCAGCAUUUGCUCGCUCUGCACACUCUGCUCGUUCUGCACACUCUGCUCGUCCUGCUCAAUGA